AUGCGAGGAAGCAGGGUUUCGAAGGGGAUUCAACACGAUUAUCCGAGUUCACACUAUUUCGAAACUCACUGGGGUAUCAAGAGAGUACAAGCUACAUUCUAUGAGAAUGCCAUCAUUGACGUGAAGAGAGGGGUCCAAGAGGUUGAAUCUGCAAUAGACGAUGUUCAUGCGUAUCACAUAGGUCUCGGAUGCCCCAUUCGCGCCCAAUGGAAUGAACAUAUCCGAAUGCACUGGCUACGUUUAUCUGGGUCGGGAAUUGAACAUGAUGAACGACAUGACCCUGGGCAGGAGGAGACGAGCGGCUUGGUGAGCGUAUAA